UUAAAAUAUAACAUUUUGUAACAUUGCCCCUUGGGGAUUCCCCUCGGUGAAAAAUUCCUUUUGUCAAUUUCAUUGUUCCAGCUAAACGCUGAUUGGUGAUGCUGCUGUAUCACGUGGUCAUCUUAGCAUAACACGUGCCAAAUUCCAUAACAAUAAAUUUCCAAUGUCGAAUUUCACGCCUCGCUCGCCAUAACCACCACUUCGAAGUCGAACGAAAGAGUGCCGAAAGAGCAAUUGACCAAAGGCUAUAAAAUAACAAGGUAUGCGCAUGUAGUUUACAUUACUUUUACUUAGGAUAAUUAAUUCCCAUUUCUUUCACGAAAACGGGGUAAUUUGUUCAGUUAUCUGAUCUUAAAUUAUUCCGUUUGUUAUACGAAAACCAUUUAUGGGUUUAUAGAUAGUGUCUCGCUAUGCUUGUUUUGGUAAUUUCAUUAGGAUCAUGUAAUGUAUCGGAGUACCAUUCCAAUUUAUGGAUUACAUAGUUAUAACCUAUUCUCAAGGGACUGUCGCCGAUUCAAAAGUUCGUCGUGUUAUUUCGUUUGUUUAUAAACGCGGAACCAUUGCGAUUGAGUGUAUUAAAUGACAGUUGGCAAUGGCACACUUCGAUUUUGUUUAUGAGACGAAGCGAAACGAAUCGAAGUCGAUGAUCGAAUGAAACAUAAGUAUCGUUCAAAUAGAAAUGACUGACUUCAUUUUAAUCAGACUGUUUUUAUUGCACACUGGAGAUAUAUCAUAAUACUCAGCAUGAUUAAUACAAGUGUUAAAGAAUGCGAGCGGAAAUGAUAGUCCGUUGCAGAACUAUAUAACGUUGUCGUUUGAUUGCUUGCUUCCUUUCGACCUUUCUGCUUUAACUUAUAUUGCACUUACUGCUUUCCUUUUUGCCUGUUCGGAAACUGUCUUGAUUUGUUUGAGAUUUGCGAUUAUUAUGAGUUGAUAUUUUUUGUAUCGCUUAAUCUUUUGGCAAGCAAGCGAAAUAUUAAACUAAUACGCAAUACUCCUGUUAUAAAGCCGCUUGUGUUUAUACUUGACAUAUGAAGUGUUUAGACUUUGCUACAAAGUUUCUAAAUAUAAGUUUAUUAUGGUUUCGGGUAAUAAAGUUACAUUUCAUCUGAGACGUGUGUACAAAUUUUUGUAUUUUAGACAACUAAACGAUUAAAGUGCAAAGUGAUAAGGCAAUGAACAGAAUUGGUAAUCUAUCAAUUCGAAACCGAAACACGAUCCGACACUGGUUGAUAGGCUCCGAUUGUUUAUGUAUUUCGAUGUUCUGGUUCAAAAAUAGGACCUCGAUCAAUGAAUUGUUUGUGAGUAGAAAACGAUAUUGCGCCUACAAUAUGACUAUAUUGGGUUUAUUUGAGAUCACCCGCCUACGUUCGUCUCAUGAUUCGCCGAAAUGAUAAAUGACAAAUUUAAAGCUGCGUUGAUGAAGAGCACUUUGGCCUUGGACGGCUAGCACACUCAUUGAAAUGAUACAAAUAUUUUCAGCUUGAGGGCUAAUGAACCUGAAAAAUUCCUAAUUCAUUUAUGACAUACAUGUACACUAUAAAAUUGAAAUUUCUGAAUGAUUGGGGGUGUCAGAUUGAACUGUGUCUAUAUUAAAAACAGAUGAUUGGUUCACCUUGUUAGGUAACUUCCAGGAAAUACAAUUAUUAUGGUGCAAUAGCAGGCUAUGCAAAGCUAUGCAAUAUCUGAUAUGUUACCAUGGCAUUGGCAUGAUUACAGUAAAAAUAGAGAUGGAUUAUCCAUCAGGCUGAAUGUUGGUGCAAAGAAAAAAUAGUUUAUCUGAUAAUUUUUGAACAAACGGAUCAUCUGUGGGUGAAUUACCUGCAUUAUAAUUUGUUCAUGAACUGUAACCUUGUGUAACCUCUAGAGCAUUGAGCUGAAUAUAACUGGAAUGCUACCUCCAACCAGAAAUUUGAAGCCAUAUGUGAAAGCAAGUCUCAGUUUUUUUACACACAAAUAUGUAUGUUUGACAACCGGCCUAAAAUUUUUGCAAAAAAAUCUAUACAAGAAAUAACUUUGUUAUGCUACCAAUAUAAAAUUAACCAAGGAAACUUAAAAUUUUUAAAACAGAACUUCUUUUCUAUGAUGUAAUAUGUAACUCUUACCAGCAUGCAAAGUAUUACACUCGUGCAGUAAAAUGGCAUGCUUGCUCCCUGAACUGGUCUUGUGAAAGGAUCGGAUUUGGCUGUAGGCAAACAUGGGCAACCUCAUCUAUAGUUAUCGGUAUAGCAUUCCAGUUAUAUUCAGUUUGAAGGUAUUGUCUGGACAAAAACCCUCUAUGGGUAUAUAAAUACAGAAAACACUAAUACUUUUUUUAGUUGAAUUUAUCAGAGUAACUAGUUUGUUACAGGACUAGCCACUAAGUUGGUUGCCUGCAAGGUACUGGGAUCAAUGCCAUGGAGCCUUAAUAUGUUAUAGUUUACCCAAAAUAUAUUCAGUGGAUUGUAAAUUUCCGGCUUGAUCGGCAGCUUAUAUACUCUAGCAAGUGGAUAAGGGAACAUAUAUGGCAAAACUUUGUCACUGAAGGAAAAUUCAAUAAGUCAUGCAUGUUUUAAGCAAAUUCUUAUCGAUAAGGACUUAGUCAUAUAAAGGUUUAAAAUACCGGUAACUUAAUAUGUUAUUCUUUAUCAUUGGGUUUCAUUGUAAGUGAAAUAUUUGUUUAAUCUGAACCAGCCAACUAAGGCUUAGGUUAUUUAAAGAGCCCUAAAUGUCUUCUACAAUUAACAGAGCAAUUGACACAUAGAAAUGUAUGCACAAGAUUACAGCACCAAACAGAUCAUAGAUUAAAGAGUAUACCGUAAACCUCCGACUGUAAGCCCCCCGAAUAUAAGCCCCCUAAUAUAAGCCCCCAAAUAUAAAGCCCCCAAAUAUGUUUUUCCCCAAAUAUAAGUCCCCCAAAUAUAAGCCCAGUAGCCCACUACGUUAUUCAACAUUGACGAUGUCUUUUAAUAUAGCAGAGAACGAUAUUUAAAAACAUUGUCAUUGUCUUUAUAGCCGACUAUGUGAAUCAAAGCGUGUUAUUAAGGCCACAUAAAAAAAAAAUAGUUGGUUAGCGUCCCCGCCCGCCCACAAAAAAGGCCCCGCUCAGGAUUUUUUUUUAUUUUUUAUUUAAAAAACCCCCGACUUUUAUUGAUCAACGGGCUCUAAUAUAUGUAGUAUUUAUGUUGACAAUUGUGUUAAUAAUUUGCGAAAUUGCGUGCGAAAAUGACGGUAUGAAUUAUAUUUUGAAAUAUAUAAAAAAAUAUCUGUACUGCGCAAGAAAAUCCAGUUUCGGACCUAACAGUGAGUAAAACCAAGGCGUUAAAAAUUAGUAAAAAUUUAAAAAAAAAGCGCCCGCCCGCCCACUUUUUGGCAAAAGCUAAGGACGCUAACCAACUAUUUUUUUUAUCUGGCCUAAUACAUGUUUAUUUAACUGUGUAUGACUGACUUGUUUAUUACUAUAACACAAAAGAUCGUCCAUGUAUAAGCCCCCCCCCCCCUAUUUAAGCCCCUCCUUGUAUAAGUCCAGGGCUUAUAGUUGGAGGUUUACGGUAGAGUAAGAACUAUAAAAUGCACUAUUAAUAAAAGGCUCUAAUAGCAAGGAGGCAACAAUCCAAUUAAUGGAAUGUUUGUCAAUGCAAAUGAGAAAUUAAGAUUCGAUCAGCACACUGGGAGCAUUGAGAAUGUUCUCACAAACUCCGAAGUUAGCCAAAAUACUGUUGUGUGCUACACUGCUACUUAAAGGCCACAUAAAUAAAUUCCUUCAUUCUCAUCACCGCCUGACUGUAUUUUAAGACCCUUGUGAAAUUUUUUUAUAUUAGAUUGUACAGUAGAAUAUAAAUGUACUGCCCGACAAAAUAUUUCAAGACAGUUAAGUUUUUUAUAUUUUAUAUUGGGUUUUAGUGUCAUUUUACGUACACUGCUAAUUUCAAACAAACAGAACCUUAAUUGAAAGAAAUUUCAUUACAUUUUAAAAGAACUUUGCAUUCAGUUCAAGGCUUCAGUCAUUAUUUUGUGGAGAUAUAUUGGAGAUGACAGAAAUGGGUAAUUUAAUAUGUUUAUUUCUGUUUGUGACACUUCACUUCGGAAAUCACAGAAAUAUUAAAUGUUAGGAAUUGUUUUUUAUUUAUUGAUAUAUAAAUUAUAUAAAUAUAAAAUAUAAAACUUCUGCCUAUUUGACAUUUUCAAAGUGUAGUGAUGAGAAUCAAGGAAUUUAUUUUAUGUGGCCUAGUCUAUGCUGUCAUGCUCUGUUAGUGUGAUCGAGUCACUUGCAUGUCACUUGCAAUGUUGCCGCUUGAAAACAUUGCUAUCAUAUUAGGGCCAUUUAUACGGAACAAAAUAUGACGCGACUUACAUAAGACGCGACUUAAAUAAGACGCGAAUUUGUCGUAUAAAAGGUACAAAAUUCUUAUGUAAGACGCGUCUUGGAUAAGACGCGUCUUACAUAAGAACAGGCCUUUUAGCUGUUCUUAUCUAAGUCGCGUCUUAAAUAAGAAAUUUUGGACAAAAAGUCUAACUACACAUGCCAGAAACUUGAAACAACGUAAAAUUAUUAGCCUUGCAUAUUAAAACAAAAACAAACAAAACAACAUCAUAGCUAUAGCAAAUAAAUAAGACCAAAGCCGUAGAGAACCAUUUAUGCGAUAACUCCGCUUAUUUAAGUCGCGUCUUAUGUAAGUCGCGACUUAUUUUGUCCCGUAUAAAUGGCCCUAAUGUUGAUUUUUGGAAUUUUACUAUUUUCAUUUUUUCCUUGUCUCUGUCACAAUACACUCUUCCCGGAAAGUAUGUCGCAUUAGCUAUAGAGCUUUAUUGUUUUCAUAUUUCAUUUUUUUGAAUUUUGCUAUUUUCAUUUUUCCUUGUCGCUGUUACAAUACCUCCUGAUGUUGUAGCAGAACUUUUGUUAGUACCGGUAUUUGGUUACCUGUAAGAGAUAGUUGAAAUUAUUUCCAGUUAUUUGUUGUGAUGAGUCAGCUGAGUCAAUAAAUGUAACACCCACACAUUAGGCAUCAAACUCCAUUUGUUCAUACUGUAUUCAUUUAAAUAGUUGUUAAUAGUAUAGAAACUGCCAUCCAGUCACUCGUUGUUUUCACAUGUUGAUGACGUAACUAGAAAUACAUGCAUGAUAUAUGCAACCCCUUGCCCUUUUUUUCCGACAGAACACUGUAAUUCCAAAACAUUGUAUCAACAUGAAGUAUUUAAUAAUUGUAAACAUUGUGGUUGCCACGAUAACAUGAAAAUCAUGUACACGCGUAAAAAUCAUCAUGUUGAUGCAAGUUGUUCAAAACAGGAGCGAACAAUGUUGUGCUGCACCCCGUGAACAAUAUUGUUAACAAGUUGUUGAACCAUCAACAUUGUUGCAACUUGUUGACAAUCAUGUUAAUAACUUGCAACAGCUAGUACUGAUGGUUGAACAACUUGUUAACAAUAUUGUUCACGGGGUGCAGCACAACAUUGUUCACUCCUGUUUGAACAACGCCGAACAACCUGAUCAAUUUUUAUCCGUGUAGUCAGCCAGCUAAACUGCUGAAAUAUUUUGAAAUGCUGAGUAAAAAUACUAGAGACUAAAGACUGGGUUAAAAAUCUCACAAAUGUGAACGUAUAAACCCACAACGCGAAGCAAUUUUAAUUUUAUGCUGAAAGAUUAUACAUGUGAAACUUCACAGUUUUUGGUGUUUUGUUUUUUUGUAAGAUUACCGCCUUAGGCCACUCCAAAUUAGACUUUAGUUUCCCGUCCAGCCCUUAUUUCAAAUUACACGCGGGCGGGCGGUCCAUUUCCAUUAUCCAUUAUGGUGUCUGAAAGUUGAAACACGGCCCAUUAUUUCAUGAAAUAGAUACGGGUUUUAAAUAUCCAUUCAGCCACGUUUCUACGCAAUGUUUUAGAGUUUUUUUUAUGCAGAAAUGAAAGCCAGGACAUUAACCUUAUCGGUUUUGACGUUCAAAAAUCAAAACUUGUAACGAGAGUGUGUAGCUCAGCAGUUCGUAGUGAAAAUAGAAAAAAAUUCACGCUCUUUGUCCUCUUUGAUAAAAGUUUCAAGAAUUUUAUUUCGAUUUUUACGUGUUGUAUCGUAAAUAUGUAUUUCUGGAACGAUAGAUUAUUUGAAAACUGUGGUUUUUCGUAAUUGUUUGUCACAAAAGUCAAAUAAUGGAAACAACUUCGCAAUAAUGGACAAAUCAUGCGGCCAGUUCUAGGAGACGCGGGCGGAGGAAGGGAAACUAAAGUCUAAUUUGGAGUGGCCUUACCCUGCUGGAUACAGUUAGGGGCCAUCUCAAGAUUGUGACAUUUAUCAUUUAUAGACCUGGAGCGAGGGCCGAGGGGGAUUCGGCGAAAUAUUACCCUCAGUAUAUCAUCACUGAGGGUAAUAUUUCGCCGAAUCCCCCGAGCGGAGGGUCUAUAAAUGAUAUAUUAUACCGAAAAUUAAAAGCCUCCAAGUUGAGAAUUAAAAACUUGACACAUACCUUCGUGAAUACGACGUUUUAUUUUUGGAUUAACGCAAGUAUCGUCGCUUUUCUUUCGAAUCACAUAUCGUUUGGAAUAUUAAUGACAAGGCCCCAGGUCUUAGAUUUGAAAAAGCCCCAGGUUUUAGGUUUAAAAUUGAAUUAUUCAUCACUCAUUAAUACUAUUUUAUAUGUUUUGUCGGCCAUCUUGUUGUCAUGCGUGUUGUCCCGCGUGAUCUACGCGAAUAAUGUUCCACCCCAUGUUCCCCGGGGAACAUGGGGUGGAACAUUGUCAAAAGGAACGCAGGAUCGCUAAUUGAUGACGUAAGGCGUGAUAUCGCGAUUAAUUUCAUGCUCACGUGGCACAAACUAAGCUUCCUGAUUGGACAAUUUGAAUUUGAGAUAUAAUAUUUCCCCCUAUACAAAUAACCUGCGAAAUGGGGGAGGGCCGCAGUGGUGUCAAGUAACGAAGUAAAUGUACUUCGUUACUGUACUUAACUGUCUUAAGUACAAUUUUUGAGAAGUCAGCAUGUAACAAAGUAAACUUUUUCUGGAGUACUUUUGCUUGGAACGAAGUCGUUUUAAGAAGUAACGUUUUACUUCGUUAUUUUCAUUUUGUGGCGAAGUAUUUCGUUACUUUCUAACUUAAAGUAAAUUUCUGAUUUAUUUUAAUUUUUGGAUUGGUAAUAGGAUCUCUACAUGCGUUUGGGAUCUCUCGUUUGUGGCUUACUUAUAAGCAUUAUUUUUUUAAUGGAUUUCUUAUAUCUUCUGGUCUGGAAAGUAAACCAUGCCGUGAAAUAUUGUAUAUUCGGUGCACGCAUAUAACUGCGUGUGCUGUUUUGUGUCUUUUGUAUGUCAAUCCAUUGGAGAAGUCCCCCCCCCUUUACAUGCUACAGACAAUAGUACUUUUACGUUGUACUUCAAGUAUUUUUUAAGGAUGCUUUGUACUUUUUACUUAAGUACGUUUUGCUUCCAGUACUUUUUACUCUUACUCAAGUCGUUUUAUUGUUAAUUACUUCUACUUUUACUCGAGUACAAAAAAUCAAAGUAAUUUAGGCACCACUGGGGAGGGGGCAAAGAAGAAAUGUGCACUUGUAAAAUCCUUAUUGGUCAACUUUUGCGUUUGUACAGUCCGGCAAGACAUUUUGAGAAAUCUUUGUUAAAACUUAAGUCGCAUGGUCUGUCAUUUUGUGCAGGGAAAAGUUCUAAAUUUUGAGAUGGCCCCUUAGCUCAGAUAACCUUCCUUUUUUUAACAGGUACUCAAUGGAAAGCAGACCUGACCCUUCAAAUAUGUUACCACAAGAACAAAUGUUUUUCAACAAUAUUGACCCAAAUGACGCUGGAAGGUAAUUUGCAUGGAGUGUUGAAGAUACAAUUACAUUUAUUUUAAAUAUCUUACAGUAUAAAUUCAUACAUGUUAAUAAUGGUGUAAUCAUGAAAUAUAUAAGUAAACUGGAACAAUUGAAUACUUAAAAGAAAAGAGGAAGAUGGAAUUUACGAAUGUGAGGGACGUUUUCUAGGUUGAUUUGUGGUCAACCAAGCGAGGAAGUUUUUUGCAUAAUUAUUGUGCGUCACGAGUUGACCUUCCUCUGCCAAAAAGUUCCUAUAUAGUUGGAACAACAAGACAGUAUAAAUAAGAGGGAGAAUUAGAAGUUAGGGAUAAAUUGUUUGAGAGAACGAGAGAGAAAGGAUGAAACAACCAUAGCAAUAUUUGAAACGAAAACAUGCAGUAGGAAUAAAUCUCAUGAAUUUAUAACAUCGUCCGGGUCAUGGAAAACCUGGAAAGUCAUGGAAUUUGACUAUUUCAAUAUCCAGGUUUGGAUAUCCUGGAAAAUCAGUUUUAGUCAUGGAAAGCCCAAAGAGGCGGAUCAGGCGCUGCCAUGGAAAAAUAAGAAUCGUGAAUUUAAUUUUUUUUUAAAAAUUAAUAUAAUUUCUAAGUUAUCUCUGAGGUUUGGAAUUUCGCCGUAUAUUGUCUCAAUAUAUAUGCAUGAUAGAUGAUUUGUUCAUGACAAUGCAAUUUUAAUUCUGGAAUUGAAGUUACAGUAAAGAACACACAAUUCUGUUUCAUGUAUCUGACAAAGUACUAAUGCAACUUUGCCCCUCACUUCCUUUUGACAACACACAGUAAAUCAUUAUAAAAAAUUUAUACACGUCAUCAUCAUAUUGACCCAACAUCGUUGCAAUAAAUUUAAAAUACUACUUUAUUUGAAUCUGUUCAUUUGUACUUACUUUUAUAUGAGUUGAAUAUAUGGAUUUAUAUUUGGUACAUGUAUUAUUGAAUGAAUAACGUCCAAAAUAAUGUGUCUCUGAAUGUGUGGGACUUGAUUGUUUUGUCUUCAAGUCCAACCUCGUAAUUUGAUCACUCGAAAUUUUCUGACAAGAACUAAACACAUAAAUACAAGACACACAAGGAACUGCUGGUACAAUCUGUUGAAUUAUUCUCGUAAGUUUACUUCGGCUAUUAAAGUAUCUUACCUAACUUAUUGUUCACUGAAUUUAUAGUUGUUUUAUUGGUUAACUUAAUUAACGUAGAGAAUUGGUUCAUGAUUUGUGUUUGGACUAUGGUUCAAAUUUCAUCACAAGGCAUUUAUGUAGGUCAUGUUGAAAUAGUAAUCUUAUGAUGAAAAUAAGAGCCUAGCAUAUUGUUUCAUCAUAAGAUCACGUUUCCUGCCUGAAAAUCGCUCGUGAAUAUGUUGAAAUAGCGUGAAUGACUUAAUAUAUCAAUUCAUGUCAGCUGCGGCCUGCGGUAGCUAGUCUAUGCUGACUGGCUGGCUCUUGAAACUAUAAAACAUUUUUGAUAUAUACUGAACUUAAAAUGUAGCUGUCUGUUAAUUUUGUGUGGGACUGUGUUGGUUGUAGUCUGAACAGCUAGGUUCGUAUGCUUUUACUGUGCAUGCUUCAGUGCCUGUGCUCAAUGUUGUCUAAUGCCACUUAUACCACUAAUUACCAAUAAUGGCUGGUUUGCACAAUGAAGUUCAAACACUUCUGUGCGAUGAAUGAUAAAAGACUUGUGCAGCAAUCUUGUACUUACUUUGGUUGAAGUCUUUGACAGAGGUUUACACUCCGCAUACUUUCAGAUUCGAUUCAUUGGUCCUCCACUACCCUAAUUACGCAAUGCCUUCAACGAAGGACGACUGCCGUAUUUACUCGUUUAAGCGCCGCCCCGCCCCCGAUUUAUAAGCGCCGCACUUACUCACAACAACAAGGCACUUACUCGAAGCACCGUCUGAAAAAUUGUUUUUAUGUUAUAUUUUGUUGUAAUAUUACUAAGUUCGAUAUCGAAGGAACUAGACUCUGUUCCGAAAUAUCAACAACUCGAACCGACUUGACCUCGUAGCUUUGGUAGAGCAUUUUGGACUAGUAUCCCAAAGGUCGCGGGUUCGAUUCCCACCGUGGUCAGGCAAACUUUUUAGCUUGCCCAGUGUGGAUGCACAGUCAAAGUAACAUCACAAACAUCAUAUUCACCUGAGUACAUAACACCAACACACACAGAAAUCAUAUUUCUAGUUAUCGCUUACAAAAUAAAAUAUUGUAUAAAGAGCGCCGUGGUCGAAGCGCCGCCCUCAAAUAAGCGCCGCAUCUAUAACACUAAAAGAAUAAACAAGUAAAUACGAUAUCUGUUUUUAAAGCGGGAAGGAAGCUUUCUAGAGAUGUAGUUGUUUCACCAUGGUUGCACUGUUCAAUUAUCUGAAACGGAAAUUUUUUUUAUCAAAAUAACUUUUGCUUGUAAAUCAAUAUCGGGAUUCUGAAGUGAUGUCUGAAACUAAUGUAUUUCAGUUCAUUGAAAAUUAUUUCAGUUUAUUGAAAUGUAUUUCAGUUUAUUUAGUUUAUUUUCGCUUAUGUUUUUCUGAAAUACAAUACAUACAUGUAUUUUAUUUUGAUCUUACUUGUCAUCCCAUUACUUGUAGAGUUGUUUUCUAAUCCAUGAUCCUAUUUGCAAUAUGAACGUUCCUUCAUAUUUGCGUUGAUGCGAUCACGCCACUCCAGCCCACGUUCUCAGAGGUGAAAGCGCUUGCCCUAAUGACUCCGCCACCACUCUUGUUCAAACUUGCCUAAAUCAUCCCAUCAAGCUUGCAGUUAGAUAAUCUGACGUCAUGUAGCAAUGGACUUCAGCCCAGAUCAAACGAGUAUGAGAGUGCAUGAGAGCUGAUAGUCGCGCGACCUUGGAUAGCUGUUCUUAAGGCGGAUUUACAUUCAGUGGAAAAAGUCGCGCGAUCGACUUUUUGCGAUCACUUUCUUCUCAGAUGCAUGUGUUCAGUCAACCUCAUCCGUUGCGCUUGAUUGCUUGUAUUUCAAAAGAAAGUGGUCGCAAAAAGUCGAUCUCGCGAUUUUUUCCACUGAAUGGAAAUCCGCUUUUAAUGCCUUUCCAACACUACCACGUAUUUUAUUUAAGUGAAAACGUCAUUGGUAGUUGCAUCACUUAUCAAACCUUUAUGUUGUUAAUCUAGAGCUUGAAAUGUUCCCAGUAAUGCACUAGUCAAUUGAAACCCCCGACCCCCGGGAUAGGGCGGGGAAAUUAACAUUUUGACAAUGUUAAAGUUUGGUAAUUUCCCCGCUACCGGGGGAAUAUUGACUGUUAAAGUUACCGCCCCUAUGACCCCGGCACUUUGCAAAUUAUAAUGGGAAAUCGUUGAAGAAUAAAAUGUUCACAACAUGUGAAGGCAAUUCUUGAUCUUAAACUUUGAUCCGCAUCAAAAGAUACUGAAUAAUCUACGUUUCGAGUAUCUUGCAGUCAUCAUCAGGAAAAAAUAAAAAGUGAAAAUAUAUUCUCUUUUUUAAAGAAAAACUAUGAGGAAACAAUUCUCUGAUUUCGAAGAUUCCGCCAUGUUGCCACGAGGAUAAACUCGUUCCAGUCCACUUUCAUAUCAGCCUCGCGUUAAAGUCCCGGUUAUUGUCCCGGGAGUAAUAGAUUGACUUGUUAUUUAUCCUGUACCCCGGGGGAAAUAGUGCAUUAAAACCGCGUUAAUCCACGGCCAUUCCCCCAUUAAUUCCCCGCCCUGUCCCGGGGGCCGGGGUUUCAAUUGACUAGUGCAUAACAAUUGGUGAUUGCCAGCUAUCGUCAACUCCCAUUCUCUUGACAGGGUGCUUAAACAUUAAACAUUCGUCAUAAAAAUAGGUUUUUCCUUUGCCUUUGUUUAGUUAAGUAGUUGAUUUUAACACUCUGUGUGGCCCUGGAAAAUAUCUUAACGUUGUUUACAACCCAAUAGGCUCCAUUGCAUCAUAGCAUGGAAAACAAUGUCAAUGAGAUGAGUGAGACAAAGUAGACAACACAUGCAUUACAUUCCUCUUGAAACGAUAUCUUGAACGGCCGGUGCCAGUGUAUAGGUAGUGUCAAUAAUAAGAAUCAAAGCUUCGGUUUGAUAUUGGGAUACAACUACCCGCGAGUAGCCUUCGCUCUAAAUGUCGAAGCAUUCCUCUUUUUCUCAAUUUGACUAUUGUUAUGCAGAGUUUUGUCCGAGUUUCCGUUUCAAAUUUUCGGGUGGGGGCUGCGAGCAGGCUACAAGUACAAAAUACCCAUUUAAUUAACAAAUUUCUCCAAGUGCCGAAAGCUAUAUAUCUCUUAACGAAGUUACGUUACAACAAUCAACGUUUGCUUUUCAGUAGACUUUUGUAGUUAUAUUUUCAAGCUUGGCUCAGAGUUGCAAAAACGCUGUGGGUAUACGGGUACCACCCGUGAGGAUAGUUUACAAUAUGUGAGGUCAGUGAGGAAGAUUUAAUGUGGAACACCCUACUUCACACUAACACCACAAAACAAACAAAUUAUAUACUGUCUAGGAAGGUUGAGCCUUGAGGUUGGCAGAAUGCCGAUGUUGCUCUAGUGACUAUUGUGUUUGUACCGUUACGAGAUGAUUAUCAGUUUGAAGAAUACUGACGAGAAAACAGUAAUGCUGUACAAUAUUUUCCUAACAUUGGCAAUUUGAAAAGCCAUAAUUCACGUUAUUCUGAGCAAGGUUUGAAAAGUUGAAAUUUUAUUCAGAGGAAGGUUGAAAACUCUUUUUGCAACUCUGGCUUGGCUACGUUCGAACCUGUCAUGAUCUUCGUCCUGAUGCUCCCAAAACAAAGUCUCUAAGCUAAAAAGCAAUGAAUGAUAUGAAUGUUAUAACACUAACUUGAGAAACAAAUUCGAAUAUCACCGUUUGCUCAUCAAAAUUGUUUCAUUAUAUUCACUUGUCUUCUUAACUUUUCUUUAGGAGUUUCUUUGGAAGCAAUUCUGGGAUGGCCAUGUCUCAAGAUGGUAAGAAAAAUACAGAUGCGCUAAGCGUACAAAUGAUGAUGUCAUAGUUGUUGGUGACUGAAUUUUCAUUGUGUAUAGUCUGGGUUUGACAAUUGGGGGUCACAGGAACGCCUUUUCUGCACUCGUUUCCAUGUUUGCCUAUUUAGCAUUGCAGACGCACGUGUUUCUCUUGAGCCCAUUCACCAACUUAUCCUUAAUUAACCCUAUACUCUUCACGAAACAUGACGAAACAACCACAUGAAAAUGAGGCCAUUGCAGAAAGUAUACAAUAAACAGUACAGCCUAUUUUUUUGAAACUUCAACAUACUAAGCCUUCACUUCAAUCAUUAUUUUCCUUUGAAUAUAUUAAAUCUUAGGGUUGUUUCUGUUUUCAUAAGAACGAAGUAGAGGCUAUACGUCACCACAGACAAUAAAAAUGGUUAUAUUUGAAAAAAAAAGCGUAUAUCGUAUUGCUUCCGUUGUUAGAGUUCCAGAGAAUUCCACAGAAAUGAAUUAUAUUUAAAGAUGAAUAACGACCUUGUUUGUCACAUGGUUGAAAAAUAUUAAGACUUGUGCACACAUAGGAUAAAUUUCUUUGAGUUUAGAUUGGACUUUGAACUGAGAGAUUUUCAUUGUUGUCGAAUUUAUGACUUUAUUAAAGUCGGAUAUGUGUUUGAAAAUUUAAAGCCAUUGUCAACUUUAGUUCGAGAUUGCAAGAGUACUGUAGGUCAUCUCAGCUUGGCACCAUUACCAGAAUGCAGCUGCGAACAAUAGGAGGCAAGGCAAUAAAAUAUAUUUAGCAGAUGUCUUAAGAACUGUUGACAGAUUGCUCCUGGAGGUGGGCUUACAAAUAACAAUGAAUGACGUCGUUUAUUUUCGAUUUCGAUUUGUUUAAUGUUUAUAGCUAUCACUCGCGUUAAGCAUUAUAUUGCGUGACCAUCCAAGAGUGAACACAAGCGUGAAGCAGCUCAGUAGAAUUUGAGUAAAUUUCAUUGAGGUUGCACAGAACUGUUUCAACAUAACAAGAACUACAUAGUGUACUAAAAUAUCUUACUAUGUCUAUUUUUCAAUUUGAUUCAGAUUUCCUGCGUCAACAGGAGGCCAACAUGGACGUGAGUAAUUGUGAAUUUCUGUCUAAUAAGCACUUUAUUAUUUUACUUUGAAUACACAGAAAAGUGAAAGUGGUGUGAUCCAUUAACUAUAAGCUUCAGGUUUUGUACCAUGAUAGUAAUUUCACUUUUCAAAAUUAUAAACUCUCGAACUGCCUGUUCGAUAACAGCCUUGUGUUAAACGUACUGCAACAAUUAUUAAGAGUAUACCAAGUUUAAAAAUUCGUUAUGCAUUAGUUUAGUUUAAUCUGGGUUCUUAUCGUCGCCACUUCGUUGUGUAGCUACUAGCUGCUAUAUUUUCGCUCAGUUAACCAGUAUGACUAUUGCUAACAAAUCAUUGAUAGAUUAUAUUGGUGAUUUACACCUUAUGUCAUCGCGACAAUAAUGAAUACAUUUUAUAUAAUAAAAGGAUUUUUACUGUUUGCUAUUCCAAUUUCAUUGAACACGGCGGAAAUUUCUUUGUCCUGAGAAUCCUUAGUUGUACACCACCAGUGGCGGACACUUUGCGGAAUGUUGGGAGGAGAAUUAGGUUGCCAACAUAUACAGUGUGACCACCUUUUGUAACUGGAGAUCUUAGUUCUUUAAACUUUUUAGCCUUAAAUUUCAUGCAAUGUAUUAUGUAUAGCCUAAUGUAUAUCUACCAAUGCUCUUUCAUGGUUGAAAAAUGAUAGGUACAGUUUUGUUAUACAGUUGUUCAGCUAUCAUUCAAAGGCUUUCAGAAAUUAUUAGGGACGGGGUUGCCCCCUCCCCUGGACACCACCUAUCGAUGGAUUGGGCGAAAGAAUAAAACACGGGUAAUGAGGAAGGACCACCUUGAUACUGCAAGCAUUAACGCAGAAAAAAUAUACAUAUGAAUGACUACAGUUUCCAAAUCUUGUAUUUCAUUUACUUGUCCUGUUAAUGUCAUAUUUUACAGUAUUUAUGUUUUGAUUAUAUGACAUGCGAUCACAUCCCUCUUUGAACAGGUGAAUAAAUUAUAUCAUUUAUAUGUUAGGAGUGCUGCGACCCUCACCAAUACUUGCCACCAACGCCCUCAUCACCAUUAUCAUUUCCACCCGUAUUGACAUCAGGGAUUCAGUCGAAUACACGCCAUCAAAUUACUGCUGUAACCUCCAGUGAUAGCAGCUGUUCCAGACCUUAUCAGGUGAGCUGAGAGGAAAACGUAUACCUAACGUAAAAAAAGAACGAGUGAAUGCAUACUUCAAAUGGUUAUGUUACAGUUCAAUUGAUCAAUGUUUUAGAGCUGAUUAAGUUAAGGACAUAUACGCAAGAACAUUUUUGUAAAAUAUGUGAAAUCCAGUGCGAAAUGUCUAUUUUGAAAGUCGAAAGAGGUUUAUUCAAUUAUAUUAUGAAUUAUUAAACAACGAUAAAUACUGGUUGGUCAUACACGGAAUCUAUAUUUGGUGGCAAUCUAUAAGUCAAUAAGAUGUAUAUGUGUUUUUACAAUGCAUGUUUUACAGUUUCAGUAUAUAGUUUCAUUAUGAGAAACUAUAAAAACGGGUGUCAUCUUUCAGAGUCUUUCAAAAUUUGUAUUGCAUCACAAAAGCAGUUUUUAGAAUGAGUAUAGAAUUUGUUAUUAUUUCCUUUAUUAUGUAUAUCAUAUACAUCCUGAUUACGUUAUAGAGGCGUCUUAUAAAUAGACAAGGAAACGUUUGCACGUGUUGUUUCAUUUAUUUCAGUGAAUGACGCAACUUCAAUAUUGUCAUGUCUUGCAAAAUAUCUUGUCGCUCUCGUGGACAAUAUUUGUCUUGAAUCUGCGUUGCAGUUUAUGUCGCUAUACUUUGUGCAACUUAUCUUUACUGCAUCAGGGCAGAUUGAUCAACUCGUGUCAUGGUGAAGAUCAUUCGUGUUUCCGAAGACACAUGCUUAUUUCUCCUCGCACCAUGUCCGCUAAUUUAUAUUUAUGCGUGUUUUACCUCACAAGUAUACAAUUAACGAAAAUUUGAAUCCAGCAGGAAUUAUGGCAUUGUGUUGUUUUGUAUACAAAUACCACGCAAUACCUGUCCAGGAAGUGAUUUCACCAAUAACUAUAUAGGAUUAUGUCCGUAGGAUAAUACCUAUAGGAUUAUCUUUGUUUUUUCUUUGUGUGCUUGUUUCGAAAACUCAAUUUGAAAACAUAACUCCCAUCCCAUGCAAGGUGAAAACUCCACUAAUGUUUUGAAUCACCUUAACAAGACAAUGCUGUUAAUUUAAACAAUAGUUCUUUUGUAUUUUAUCAUGAAUUAUUAAUAAUUCUAAAACUUUGUUCAAGUUUUGCCUUAAAAAAUACGAUAUGAUGUAAUAUCUUGACUUUUGUAUAACUCGAACUGAAGCAGCGUAAACAGAUAAUUUAGACACAAUAUUCGAGUUAAGCCUAUACGCCUUCUCGUGGUUUGCGACUCAUCUUGCCAAGUGGGGCAAACACAAUAGAACAAUAAUACCAUGACCCUAUAGAGUCAAGUAUUCCCAUUGGGACAAGGCGAUGGUUUUACCCUGCCCCCACUUCUACCAUGAAUUUCCUUUAUUGCUUGCGAAAAUAAAGCGGAAAGAAAUUGCUUUUGAUUUUGUUUUUAUUCUUUCCCAUCUUACUACGUAAAAUUGUCAUGAAUAGCAUUUUACCAACCUCCGGCCCAUGCAAAUACAGUAAUAAUAGAAACAAAUGAGUCACGAAAGAGUUUCCGCAUGUCCGCGUUUUCCACCUAACCUUAUGAUGAUCUUAUUUCACUUGUAUUUUUACAUUUGGAAAUUAACCAGUAAAUUGAUAUGCAAUAUAUUUAAUAUUUUACUACUAAUAAUAUUUUAAUAUUUUGGAAUGGCCAGCUUUUUCUGGCAAAUCUACCUGUCAGUUAUUUAAUGUACAUGCCUAAUCAGGCAACCUUUUACUUGCAUACCCUUUGAUACAAUUGUGCCCCGAGCUAGCAUUAACGGUUAGACCACUAAACGAUAUAUCUGAAAAAUUUGUUUACAGCACUCUCCAUACCGCGAUAACCAAGUGAGCUCAUCGUUCCCCAUGAACACAAACGGUUACUUCCCUCGAGCACAACUUCCCACUGUUCCUACCUCAAAACAAUUCACUGGUGAAUACGGUUUCGAAAUUUCAUUUGGUCCACCCACAGAAUCAGCUCCAAAGUCCGCAACAUGGACGUACUCGACCAAAACAUCAAAAUUGUAUACAAACAUCGGAUCCUACUGUCCAUUCCAGUUUAAAACGAAUGGUAAAUCAAUGAAUACUGCGUACAUCAGAGCUGUGGCCAUGUUUAAAGGAUCGAGUAAUUUGCAUGAUAUUGUCAAGAUGUGUGCAAAUCAUGCCGAAAACAAUAACGAAGGUGGGUUACGGUACAAAAAGGUUAAGGGUGACCCCGUUCCCCACAGCCCUUCACAAGAUAGUGAUAAACAGUGAUAUACACUACAGUUCCUUCACAGGGAGUUAUACGAGAUGUUGCUUGUUUUCGUGUGCUUCCAUAGCAGCCCAAAACGGCUUGUAGAUUGCACCAAAAGUCAAAUUAUAUUAAGCUCGCCCCAUUCCUAUGGAAUUUGUCGCGCGCCACAAGCACUCGAUGAAAAGCAUUGUUCAUAUAUAUAGAUUAUACCUAUAAUCUGUAUGUAUGAACAAUCUAUAUUAGGUUUAAUCUGUAUAUAUGAACAAUGUUUUUCAUUGAGUGCUUGCGGCGCGCGACAAAUCUCAUAGGAAUUGGGCGAGCUUAAUAUAAAUUGACAUUUGGUGCAUUCUACAAGUAGUUUUGGGCUGCUAUGGUGCUUCUUCAUAGUUGGCAUUAAGAAUUGAAACUUUAGACACGAUUUAUGCAAGAAAGACCAUUACCUGGGCUACUCGGGUGCACUAUUCAUGAUGCACGCAUAACGACAUGUUAUUUGUUGGAAAACAGACCGAAAAUUAGAAGAAAAUGAAUGAAUAGAGUCGAGGAUGCGAGGCAAUGCGCGUGGUGUAUGCGCUUACAAGCAACUCUUAUAGUCAUUAGUUUGCAUAUUGUCCUGUUUGCUUGACAAAAUCUUGCUUGUGUUACUUUAGAUUCUCCAAUGCGCAACAAUUUCUUCAUCCGCAGCAACAAUGCGAAUGCACUGUAUCUUGAAUGUCCUCAGACUGGAAGACACUCUGUACUGGUGCCUUACAGUGGACCACAAGGUUAGUGUCUUUAUAUGCAUUGCUUGUUUUACAAACUAUUCAUACGCAAAAAACAUCUCUAGCCAAUGAAAACAGUCAAUCACCUAUGUUGAUAAUUUGGUCCUGACCCACCUGCAGCGCUUAAUGUCGUUAUUUGUUAUCUGACUUUGGGAACCCUAAACAGAUCAAGGUUCAUGAUUCAUAUGUCGUAAUUAUGAAAACUUAGUUGACAUUUAAUUUUGACUAAAAGUAGAAGAUGUUGAUAUUUGGGUUAUCACGUGCAAUGACCAAGUGUGCAGUCAUAUGUACAGGUACACACGUAAAAACGCACAAGUUGUAACAAAGCUGCAGCAGACUUGUAGCAAUGCUGUUCCAACAACUUGUCAACAGGAUGUGUUCGCACUGCUUGUUCCCAGCUUGUUGACAAGUUUUCAACGGCUUGUCGACAACUUGCUACAAGGUUGUUGAGCUCAACAGACUUGUUGCAAGUUGUUCCAACAACUUGUUAUCGCCCUGCAAUUCAACAAUUUGUCAACAAGUUGUGAGUUGACAACCUUGUAGCAACUUGAUAAAAUAACAGCAUUGUUACAACUUGUUGACAAGCUUGCUACAAACCUGUUGCGAACACAUCUUGUUGACAAGUUGUGAGAUUUUUACGUGUGUAGCUACAGUAAUGUGAACAGCACAGCUUGGUAUUAUACCUUAUUUGAACAUAAACUGCAAUCUCGCUCAGAAGAGACAUACAUGCUUCACUGAACCUGCACUCAAUUCGCCGAUGACAACACAUACAGAAGUUUGUUCUCUUAAACUCUCAAAACGUCAUUGCUAAAAAACCAGCUUGUAUCAGAUUCUCAGCAUUAUUUUUCUGUGAUAUAAUCUCGAACGGUGUGUGCCAGCGUAGGUAGCCUCAAUAACAACAAGACAGCUGCGGAUUGAGAGAAAUACAACUACAUGAAAAGUACAAGCAGAAUUUUCGAGCCUUCCCGACGUCCAAGUUCUGCUAUAUUUUUCGCAGCUGUCUUUUUCUGUUACAAUCGUGACAAUGGAAGUGCUCCUAAAAUAUUUACCAAUCUUUUAGCAUGUAUUCAAUUGACGUCACGAGUGCAGUUCGUCUGAAUAUUCCCACAAUUCUUGCGGGGUUAACAAUAGAAUAUAGUUAAUUUGCAUUAAUUUGAAAGUGAAUUUCAGUUUGUUUGUCCGACGUUUGUGCUAUAAAAAACACCCUUAAUCUAUACGUUAUUCAUUUGAGAAUUUGACUGACUACCCGCAACUUCCUGUAUUUGAUCAUUUCUGGUCACCUUUUGUCUCUUUAUGUCAAUCGAACCAAAACCAAACGUGAUUGGCGAUUGGAUGAAAUUUUCAAAUAACUUAUCAAAUGACUUGAUAAAUGAACCUUUGCAUAACACUUCCGUAACAAUAGUCAUGACACCAGUCACAAUCAAGUCAGAAUCAGAAUGUUCCAUUGUGUUUUCAUUGUUUUGAAAUCCCACUGUUCUCUGUGCUAAGCACAGAAUAUUUUCUGAAUAUUUUGGCUGAUUGUACGAUAUAUCCAUGAACGACCGAAUUAUUACAUUCUGCUCGCUUGCGAAUAUGAAAACAUGUUGUCGUUAUUUUCUAAUCCCAUGCACCAUUCUAAUCUAACGCACAUUGUACGGUAAUACUAUACCAAAAUUUGGCAUGGUCCUCUUCGCGCUGUACAGUAUACUGUAUACAUUUGCUUUGUGAAAUAAUUAAUUGAAAUGUAGUAACUGCAUAUAUAUGUAAUUAUUUAAUAAAAUUAUGAUGCAAACGAACGGGGUUUUUUCCGUCUGGUUAUUAUUUUAGCCAUUUGUUGUCUAAAAGAGAGUCGCAAUGUUUGUAUAGGCUUUUCAUUGUUUGAGUCCAAUAUUAAAUUCUCAAUCGUUGUCUUUUAUUGUUGUCUUUGUAGCUGGUACAAACUACGUCACGGAGAUGUUUGCAUUCAAGUGUUUCAGUUCCUGUGCUUCUGGUCAUGGAAGAAAACCAAUUGAAAUUAUCUUCACAUUGGAAGACGCCGAAACGUAAGAGAUUAAAUGAAAUCAAUGCGUGUGCGAAUACAAUAUCGCAAUUAUCGGUUAUUUCAGUUGGAACUUAACGAUACAAUUUUGCAAUCACUGAAUUCGGUUUUCGCAAUAUAUGGAGAAGACCACUCAAUGUCGAGAUAGAUCGUUGCAAAACUUGAAUAAACAUUGAUUUCGUCUCAUUUUAAUAGGCAAUUUUUUUAUUUCGAAUAUUCACCAAAGUUUAUUACAGGGCCUUUCAUCGCACUUCACCUAUAACGUCGUCGGCAAGCUAUCUAAGGUUAAGCAAUUGUGUUCUCGUUCGUAAAUCUAGAUACUUUAUCAUUGGCAUGAUGUCUUAUUAUGCGAUAAUUCCUUCCACAUUUUGUACAAAAAGUACCUAUACCAAUUGAUGGGCAUUUUGAAUUUUGAACAAAAUUUUAACCACUUCUGAUAAUUCUAACCACUGUGGGUAAUAUGCAUGGGUUAUGAUCAUCGGGUUAGUAAAGAAAACUACUCUGUAGCCUAUAUAUUCUGUAUGCAUUAUUACUAUAAAUGUUGGGCAACUGUAUUUGAUUAUUAUUCUCUUUUUUCAGUGGUAGCAUUCUUGGUCGAUGUGUAGUCGAGAUUCGAGUUUGCGCAUGUCCAGGAAGAGACCGUCGCUCGGAUGAAUUAAACCUGGAGAGGUCGAUUGCUUCGAGCAGCAAUAACAAAAGAGGUAUCGUGUAAUGACAAUAUAUUUAGGGGGAGGGGGACUGUCGAAAUAUAUACUUAGAUUUUCAAUAUGUUUGGGGGAUAGAUUGAACGAUAGAACAGAAUGUUACCUUUAUCGAAAUUCUUAGCGAAUAUUAUAUAGUAUAUUUUAGACAAUAGACCUGAUGGGGAGCAGCCACGAAAAAUGCAAUAAUUGUGGCCCUGCAUGCUGUUCAGAGCACUACGCGCACUGGAAUCGCGAAGGACUGGAAUCGCGAAGGACUGGAAUCGCGAAGGACUGGAAUCGCGAUUCCUGUCCGAGGUUGUGCUUUUCGCAACUGCUCCCGGUUAGAUGAAAGUUACCUGUAGAUUUAAUUUGUUUUUGUUGUAGGCUACUAAAACAAUUAUCGUUAAAUUGACAAACGCAUACCAUAAUAAUACCAUUGUAUUUAAAUGGUGGUUUACGGCAAAUUGUGUGUAGUGAUCCUUUUGUUGUAAUGUUUUCAUUGUUUCUUUUCUGUUUUUGUUUAUUAUUUUGUUAUAUAUUUUGUUUUUAGCUUCGAAGCAAAAAGGUUAUAAUCGUAAGAGAGUGAAGAAGGUACCUCAAGAGGAGUACACAAUCACCGUAAGUUUGAUAGAUUUUUGUGUAAAUAUCAGGAUUUUUUGGGCAUUGAGCUCUAUUGAACUAUAAAUGUUGAAUGAUUUUCUAGAUGGAAAUUUCUUGUGUUAGAGGGUUCGCAGGUUCGAUUCCUGACAGAGAGUCUAUAUAUAGUUGCAUUUUUCGUAGCUGCUCCUGGUUAGAUGUAAAAAAUGUACUGUAUAUCAAAUUUACACUCGAAAUUUUCAUCUAGAAAAUCCUUCAACAUUUAUAGAUUUUUCCAUGUCACGCCUACAUAAAGUGUUCAACAUUUUUAACACUUCGUGUUUUUUCUGUUUCGUACAGACCGCAAGUAAGGAAGUGCAUGACCUUCUUGUCACAAUUAAGUUGGCUUUGGAAAGUAAAUUCAGAAGGUAAUUUUGUUUUAAUGCUUAUUUUUUUGUUUUAUUGUUUUUUGGUGGCCAGCGAUACAAUGGAAUUUUUCUGAAUUUUAUACAAUUAUAGUAUACAAUUCUCCCACAAUCACGUACUAAUAGAUCAUAUCUCCUUUGUGACUUGUGCAGAAUGUUAUCGUUUGUGAAUGUGAUUUUUUUUUUAAUUAAGUGAGAUGACGACCAUGCCAUUUAUUUUUCAAAUACCAUUAGAGAAGACCAAAAGUCGACCGGAAAAAUUUCAUUGUGUAAACGUAGCUUAAUUGAUUUAUGAAUUUUGCUCUAUUUGUGUUUGUUCAAAACCCAAUAUAUUUGUCAGUAUUAAUUUGCUCAUUUGUAUUCAAUGGAUUAGGGGAGGCAGAAAAUCGGAUUAACUAUAUUUAUUUUGGAGAAACUUGUCCCAACAUGCCCGUACAAUGACAAUAGACUUGGUUAUUAGUAAACAACAGAAUGUCCAAAAUUCUAGACCGGAGUACAAUAAAAGUGAUGUAUUUUUUUAGUUGGCAAAAUUAUUAUUUGAAAAUACUGGGAUUUAGCAAUAUAUAGAAAUGUAGGAAAACAAUAGGAACCAAAAUUCACCUCGUUGUAGGGUUUUAAGGCGAAAAAUAUUGUACUUUUGUGGACAACACAACCAUUUUAUUUCGCAAAGAUUUCGAUGCAUAAGCCCGGAUCAGCAGCAUUAUUAUGCACUGAAAUACAUCAUCAGAGCAUCAUUAUGCACUGAAAUACAUCAUCAGCAUCAUUAUGCACUGAAAUACAGUUAGGAAUUUGGCAGUGAUGCAGAGUUAAUAACAGUUUGCCCAAUGUUGUACCUUUUUAUAAUAACUAUAGACUUGCAUGCCCAUAUAUAGUGAAAACGACAUUUUAUCAUUUUACAUUAAUUGUUCACGUAAAUGUUGUUACAAGUUAUCUGACCAGUACACGUCGUAAAUAUUAUUUGAAAAGCCGCCCAUUCUCAGGCAAUAUCCUAGGAAAUAUCUAAUUGAUCAGACAAUGUAAGAUCUAUUAAGCGAAAUCGUUUUGAUCACAUUGUAUUUUCAUUUUAUAGUGAUGUUGAUGAGGAAGAUGAAAGCUCAUCAACAAAACAAUCAGUCGCCUCAACAAGCCAUGAAGCCAGCACAGCAAACAAGCAAGCAGGUUAUCCUUCGUGCAUGUAAACAGGUUUUUCCUGGGGUUUUUAAGGGGUUAAAGGGUAAUGAUUUCGAAGUGUUUGACGAGUUCUGUUUAAUUUAAAAUGCCUUUUGGUCAUGUCCUUCAUUAUUCAUUUUUUUUUCUAUUUGUUGCGAAUUUCGCACUUUCAUUGUUUGUAUUUGUUGCGAAUUUUCUCCUUUUCAUUGCGUAUAAGCAAUAUGUAUGUGUUAUUGUCCUUCGAGGCUACUGGGUUAAAUUAAUGUGAUUGUUUGAAUUGUUUUUACUUAAUUUAAAAUUUCGAUUGUAAGUUAGUGAUUAACGGUUUUUAUUGGACUUCAUCUGGUGGCGGAGGGGGAGAAAAAUUGAUUAUCAUAAUUAAGGUUUCAUAAUUACGUUGUUUUAAUCCCUGCCGGGUGAAGUUGUUAUCAAUUUGGGUUCUUAUAGAAAAUUAUGUUGUGUUGUCAUGGAGACGCUAUUUGAUACACGUGAUUAGGUCAAUCCUUGAUUGAUUUUGUAAAGUUCCUCUGCAGGAACAUGGCAAAACUUAAAGUUUUGCUUCCAAGAUAGCGUCUCUCGUAUUGUUGUAUCAUGUUUUUUUUGUCUGUUCUUCAAAUAUUAAACGUGCAUGCAAAUGUUUGUAUCAACAGUAGCUUCGAGUUCAUCAGGUUGUUUAUGUGAGAAAAAUAUGUUUUGGCAGAUAUACUGUACCAUUUCAUACCAAACAUUGCAUUGUUAUUUUCUGUACUGUGGAAAUAAACUUUGACAUCGCAAUUCAUAAAUCGCAGAAAAAUAAAAUCCAAAAUUUUUGCAGUAAUUCUAUGUAACAAGAAAACCGUCGUAUUGCUUUACCGUCUGUCCACAUAAGCACUAUUUUUCUCGCAUAAACACCUCAAAAGCAAAAUAAUGAUGUCAUGUAAUUCUACUGAAAAUAGGACAAAAAAAAGAAACGCAGCACAACCUGAUUUUCGUGAAAUAUCAAAUUCAAGAUAUUCCCAAAGUACAUCCCAAAACAAAGCUGAAUGGAGCUUUACAUGACGUCAUUAUUUCGUUGUUCGAGUAAUAGUCAGCUUAACUUUCGACUGAGCCGGCAUACGACAGAAGUAGACCAGCGGUAUGAAUCUCAUACGUCAUAUUUUCAUGCUGAUCUGGUGUCGUAAGACGUAAUUGUAUGACUUCUGCCAUUUGCUGUUUCUUUGCGCGAAUUUUAAGCUGAAUGUCUCUUGUUUUUGUUGGAAAGAGAUUUUUCAUAGAGGGAGAGCGUCUUCGUUACACCUUCAUCUCGAAUUAGGGAAAUUGAAGUGUUCCCAACUCUAAUUUCAAUCUUAAUUUUCGAUAUUUUCGACUGCUAACAAAUUCUUUAGCAGAUCUAUCGUAAAAAGAAAAUGACGAAAUCCCUCGUAUAUGAAAUCCCUCUUUCCAUACGAGAUGAUCUUUUGCCAUACAUGUGUUUGAUUACCGUGCGCGGUACAUUUGGAUUAUCUGCGAGUUUAGGAGAUUUCAGGAAAACAAUUUCAUAGAAAAAGCAAUUUCCGAGUUACCCUAGAGUGGUAAAUGUUAGUUAAUGAAAAUAGAGCUUAAUUCCGAAAAUGCCUGUUCAUUCAGUUUUAUAGGUGAUACCUCUACAACGUAAUCAAACACAUGUAUGACAGCAAGUAUAUGAUUGGCCCUUAAAGUGGCUUUAAUUAGACAAUACCCUAGAAGUAAGAAUAUAGGUGGUGUUUACCGAGACAACCUUCAUACAGCAUCAAUUUUGUAAUUUAUUGUCAGCUUCAUUCAUGUUCUAAACAUUUCUGUACAUCACGUGAUAUACAGUACAUUCAUUUGUACAUUUGAUAACACUCCUUUUUUUCAACUUCUGGGGUAUUGUUUUUUAUGGAAAUAGUAGAUAUAGAUCAUGGCUGUUAGCACUUGACAGAUAGCUGGAAAUUUUAUAUCGUCUGAUCAAUCAUUUUCAAAAUAUCGCCAUCGGUGCAUGUUGGAGUCUGGAGAAAAUAAAGUUAAAUCUGCUCAUAUAGUGAAAAUACCAAUUCUUUAGUCAGAGCUUUCCACUUAUUUUUCCAGCGAGUAUGGCUGAUAGACCACAAUGCAGUUUUUUUUUCAAAAUGGCUUCGCAUGUUAUAAAAGUAAAACAGUUAAAAAACAAAGAACAUUUACAUUUGUCAUUUAUUUACACACAGCCACAAGUAUUCCAGCCUGCAUGGGUUUAUUGUUCUUGUUCUAUAUUUAUUAUUUCUGUAUUUGAUUCUAUUCAAAUUAAUAUUGAAUUAUUCAAUUAUUGAAAAAUAAUCUUUGUCCAUCGCAGGUUUAAUGGCCUUUGAUUUAUUUUGUAAUUUUGGCCUGUUUUUGUCGGGCUUUUUUAAUCAUACGUUAUUUUGUAUGUUAUCUUAUGUACUCUACGAGUGCGUUUUAACCAUAUUUUUGGUUUUCUUUAAUAAAGAUUAUAUUUGUGUCAUACCUCGUGUUAUUUUUUACGACUGUCUGGGAGGGGCUGGAACCGGUCAAAGGCCGGACUCCACGAGGGCGAAAUUCUUCGCGAGAAAAAUUGCCGUUAAAUAUGGAUGGUUGCACAUAAGUGAUUCUAUUGAAGUGUCUCAUCAUCAAUCUCAUGCGAAACUUCCUUAAAUUUUCGCUGUUGUCAUAUAAAGCAUAGAGAUUAUAAAUAACACUAGAGGAGGCAUUGUAAUCUUAAUUCAGUAAAAAAAAGGGAACGCGACUAUUGGGGGGCAAAUUCAAGUCCCGGAUGUGUAUUCGUGUUCCCAUUGGUGACGAGUUUCAAAUCAGCCAAUGAGAGUACGAUUUUAUAUCCGGGACUUGAAUUUGCCCCCCAUUAGCUGCGUUCCCAAUUUUUAAACUCGAUGCCUCCUCUAGUGUUAUUUAUAAUCUCUAUGAUAUAAAGGCCCAUUCACAGGAUUCUAACGUAUGAAAACGACUGCGACACCUCUAGUCUUGUUCAUCAGUUUUGGGCGGAAUUUUAAAUGUGAC